GUCUUUUACUUCAUCUUCCCGCGACGGAAGCGAUCUCUACCCUCUUCUCUGUUGCUGCUACGACUCUCUAACCAUGGCGGACGUGCUGGAUUUACACGAGGCCGGCGGGGAAGACUUUGCUAUGGAUGAGGAUGGCGAUGAGAGCAUUCACAAAUUAAAGGAAAAAGCCAAGAAACGGAAAGGCAGAGGCUUUGGUGCUGAGGAAGGUUCCAGGGCGCGAGUCCGAGAAGAUUACGACACUGUGGAGCAGGAUGGCGAUGAACCAGGUCCACAAAGAUCGGUUGAAGGCUGGAUCCUGUUUGUGACCGGCGUCCACGAAGAAGCCACAGAGGAAGAUAUUCACGAUAAAUUUGCGGAAUUUGGAGAGAUUAAGAACGUUCACUUAAAUCUGGACAGAAGGACGGGUUACUUAAAGGGCUAUGCUCUGGUCGAAUAUGAAACUUACAAAGAGGCGCUGGCUGCCAUGGAAGGUUUAAACGGACAAGACCUCAUGGGGCAGCCCGUCAGCGUGGACUGGUGCUUCGUCAGGGGACCUCCAAAAGGGAAGAGACGAGGUGGCCGUAGGAGAAGUCGGAGUCCAGACAGAAGAAGGCGUUAGCAUCUGCUUGUCUCCUGUUGGUUGGCAUAGAGGUGUUUCUGUUCUUCUAGCUUAUUUUGUAUUGGAUAUUCUUGUGUUUUUAAUUUUGCAUAAAGGGAGGCAACCAAACCUCUUUGAAUUAAAGAAA